UGCACAAUACUUCUGAUAUCGCCACACAAAUCGCAUGCAUUCCGUGCCAUUUGUGCAGUACUGUAGAAACCCAUAAAAUUGCAUGGUGGGAACGCAUCGUUAGUCGAGUUGUAAACCGAUACCGGCCUUUGUGCACCGCAGCUGCGGGACCGAGCGCGCUGGACGAGCCGGCAGAGACGCGCGACACGUCCGCAGCUGCUCAAAUCCUCUGGUGCUGAACCAGGGAAGCCUGAUGAAGAGAGGGGAAGGGGAGUCACAAGACUGACCAAUCCCACCUGAAGGACCAGGAUGACCAUGGCUUUUGAGGAGUUAAAGAAGAAAGGAAUGAUGGAUAUUUCAGGGAUGGAAGGAGAGGUCGGUCUUGUUGCGGGUCGCAGCCAAAGAGAGAAGAGGCGCUCGUAUAAAGAUCUGCUGAGAGAGGAAGAAGAAAUCGCAGCGCAGGUGCGCAAAACCUCCAAGAAACACCACAAGGUAGAUAUGACUUCUGGUCUGAGAAGGAUUUUUCAGGCCACUUGUCACUGACUCAUGCUUAGGGAUGCUGCGAUCAGUGGGCUGAUAAUCACUUCCUGUGACUCAACUGGAAAUCCCUGUACUGCCCGGUCACCUAAUUCGACAAAAUGUCGCCUGCUUUAAGACUUUAGCAUUACUUUCAUGCCAUCACCAGUGUAAUUAGUGUUGAGGAAAGAUGAAAAAUGCAUGGUGCUUCUCAGUCUCCAUAAAGUGAUUCUGACCUUUUCUUAUUAGGAGGAGAUUCUCACAAGAAAAAAAAGAAACACUUAAGUGAUGACCACUAUCACAGAGACCAUCACAGCUCCGGUCAGCCGCCCCACAAGAAGAAGCGCAAGUCUUCAGAUCGCUCGCCUUCCCUCUCCUCCUCGUCCUCCUCUCACCCGUCCCACUCCACAGACACGGCCAUGGGCCUCCUAGAGGCCAUCACCUCCCCACUGGCCACAGGCUCCGACCCUGCUCCUCACCUCCACAAAAAACCCUCCUACCCUCCCCAAGCCUCCUCACACUCCUCCAAAGACCGCAAACGUGAAAGCAGCUCCAAGAGCAGCCACUCGUACUCGCACUCACGUCCGCCCGGCUCGUCUUCAUCCAAAAAACAUUCCUCCUCCUCAAAGUCACUGCUGUUCCACGGAGGAGCUGGGAAAGGAGAGCCGCUGACGCUCUGUGAAGCUGAAGGCCUCAAAAUGAAGCUCAUCCUUUCCUCAAAAGAGAAGAACGAAGGUGUGGGGAUGAGCGAGGGAUUCUCCUUUCCGAAACAUUCUUCUUCUUCUUCAGGUGUCAUAGGCCAUCAUUCGUCCUCCAGCUCCAAGAAAGGGAUAAAGAAGGAGAAAGACAAAGAUAAAAUGAUGCCGAAGACACCAAAGAAAAAGCAGCACAUCCGAGAGCCGUUGCCUGUUGUGGGGAAAGAGGUGGAGGUUGUGGGGCAUUAUGGCAGCAUGGGAAGAGACAGCUCAUCUUCAGGAGGAGAACUAGAGGCCGGCGAGCUGGUGAUUGACGACUCCUACACACAUCUGUCUAAAAAGAAGAAAAAGAGCAAGAAGAGCAAAAAGAAAAAAGAGAGAGACAGAGACCGAGAGAAAGGAUCCAGGGAGAAGAAGCACAGCAGAGGAGGGAGUGGAGGGAAGAAAAGCUGUCCAGGUGAUCCGUCUAGAAGCCACUCCCACUCUCAAAGAUUAUCCAAUCACAGCUCUUCUGGUGGCAUGUACGCUAUGGCUCCACCCACCUCAUCCCAUCACCAUCAAAGCAUUGAACUGGUGGGCGAGAAGAAGAAAAAGGAGGAAAAGGACAGCGACAAACACGACAAGGACAAACCGAAGAAGAAGAACACGACGGCCUAUCAGGUGUUCUGUAAGGAGUACCGGGUCAAUAUCAAUGCAGAACAGCCCGGGUUAGUCUUUGGGGAGCUGAGUAAGAAACUUGCAGAGGUGUGGAAACAGCUGCCUGAAAAAGACAAACUGGUUUGGAGACAGAAAGCUCAAUAUCUCCAGCACAAGCAGAAUAAAGCUGAAGCUAUGACGGUCAAGCGAAAAACUUUAACAACAUCAGAAAGUAAAAGUAAAGGCCCGAGUAAAGCUGUCAGUUUAGGGGCAGGAUUGGCCCCACAGGGCCGCUCGUCUUUGUCACUAUCUCCGGUGCGGGUUCCUGAUGUGGAUCCCAUAGAUGCAGCAGCUCACCUGCAGCUGCUGGGAGAAUCGCUGUCUCUGAUUGGACACCGACUUCAGGAGACAGAGGGGAUGGUGGCUGUGUCUGGCAGCCUUUCGGUGCUUUUAGACUCUAUUUUGUGUGCUCUUGGUCCAUUAACCUGCUUGACGGCACAAGUUCCCCAGCUCAACGGCUGUCCACGCAACAUCCUGUCAAAUACUUUGGACAACAUCGCUUACAUAAUGCCUGGACUAUGAAUCUUCUAAAAGGCACUUACAAGAGACUGGGUUACAUUUGGACGCAUUCCCAGAAGCACCAGAGGACCAGAGUUUCCUUUGUUUGAACUUUUUCUGAUCAGUGGACAAUCUUAGCCUCUGACGCGUUUUUAAAAAUAGUAUUUAAAAUGGUAGUCAUUUUUUAUUGUUGUAAAAAAGAUAUCCAAUUUUUAGAGAACACUUUUGAAGCUACUCUUUUGUGUGUGUGUUUAGUUUCGAUGUCUGUGUUCGAGUCUAUGUGAGUGUGAUCUGGUUCACAUCCUUUCAUAAUGUCCAAAACAUUUGAUGUUUUAUACAGUUAUUUGCAGUUUCAUUUUAGGGCCAUAUGUCAUUGUUUUUUUCUAAUUUAAUGUUGAGUUAAUUUAUAUGAACAGCAAUUUAACUGCACUGUCUUCAUUUUAUGUCUUACAUAUUGUAUUUUUGUAAUGCAAAGGAUGUUAUAAUAGAGUUUUCAACUUUUAGAACGUUUACAGGGCAAGCAUGUAUAAAAUCAAAAGGUGCAGUAAGUAUUUUUUUUUUAUGAAAUACAUAGUUAAUUUCACAAAUAUUUUUAUAAUGAUGUGCACAGACAUAAAGAUCCCAGUCAAAUCAGUGGACAAGGUCCUCCCUCACAUAAUAACCCUCCUUUAUAGUACACUUUUGGUUGCAUAGUAACUGGUAUGAAUAUUUUUUUUGUGACGUCAUUGAUUGAAAGGUUUAGCUUAAUGCAGUAUCCAGUUCAACAAGUAUCAGUAUGCAUUAAAAAAUUACUUACUGCACCAACAAUUUAGUUUACAUUUAAAGUGGUCAUUUUAAACAAGUGAUUGUUGGUAGUUUUAGAAGAUGGAGGAAAAAAGUGAAAUAUAUUUGCAUUGAUA